AUGGUGACGACCACAACAGAGGAAGACCUCACAACUCACCAGACCCCCACGUUGAGCACGUUCGGGGCCCCAACUGCUGCCCCCACGGCGGCCUUGUGGCCGGAUACCUUGAGCACCGACGACACACCCUCCACCUGCUCGUCCACCGCCGCAUGCCUCUCUGUCAUCGCCCGACGCAGCGUGUCCUCCAAGAGUGCUUCCCCGGCUAUGGAGGAGAAGUACGUGUUCUGCGACGGCUUCGAACCCUGCCCCGCCCCUGCCUCGCCCGUCCCGGCCGGCCCCGCCGCCGCGCUGCCGCCGGCCGCCGCCGCCGGCCCCCGCCCGCCCACCACCGCCAAGGCGCGCCGCAUGCUUCGCCCAGCGCCGCGCGCCCGCACUCGCCCGACGCUCGCCCGCGCACGCGCGCCCGCACCCGCCGACGCUCGCCUCGCGCCGCGCGCACGCACCCCGCGCUGCUCGCCUAGCCGGCGAGCACGCGCGCCCGCCUCGACCCCGCACCCGCCCGGCCGCCUGCUAGCCCCACCCGCGCCCGCAGCGCUCACCUCGUCCCGCAGCCGCUCGAUUGGGUGCGUGCAGGAGCUCGAUUUGGCGCGAUUGGAAAAUGCUCUGGAAUCAGAGGCCAAGGGCGCCAUGGGGUGCAGCCAUGCAGGCAGAGUUCGCCGCGCACCCAUUGACGUUCCCAACUGCCGCACCAGAUCCUGCAUGCCGAGGACUAUGGUGCUAGAGUCCGACAGCAGCCGCGGAAUCUCCGGUGGAGGCGGAGGUAGGUGGGAUCCGUGGAGCGACGCCGUGCUCGGCCUGCAUCAACCUGAAGUGAGCCCGGCCAGCGUCGAUCAAGCCAAGGAGCGUUUUCCUCGCAUUGCUGCAGAGAAACGAGGCCCUCGCCAGAAGCGGGAUCUUGACGAGGAGGACCCUGAUCCUUAUAUCCAUUGGACCGACCUCAAGAUGGGCCGCACCCACACCUCGCGCCCCGGUAACUUUUCAUCCGAAGCUACCGGUUCCGAUGACGAUGUCACUAUCCUUGAGGCCGAGGUUGGCCGCGAGUACCUGGAUAAACUCACCUCCCAGGGCAAGAAGAACAAGGCUCCGGCUCCAGAGGUCGGCUCAAGCCAAGGCCCUCCCGCCAAACGCUCCCGGACGGAAGUUGUUGGAGGGAAAGAGGUAGGCAAGAAGCGCUACCAAAGGAAACAGAUGCCAGUCGCUUCCGGCCCUGCACUCAAGCUCUCCAAGAGCGCCAGCGAUCACCGCGCAGAGGAGGACCACCUCUCCCCUCUAGGAACACAAGAUACCGACGCCAGCAACAUCGGCACCGAUUCUGAAGCUGCUGGGAGGGCGGAACCUCAGGUUCCUCCCGUCCUGAAAAGAAAGAAGAAGAAGACUGCGGAUUCCUCCCCUUCUAAGUCCGUGCCGGACUCUUCUGCGCCGGCAAGCUCUACUCCGGGUCAGGACGCACCCGACGCCCGCUUGCCACCCAAGACUUCGCCCGCGUCUCCACCAGAAGCUCCCAUCGUCGAGCCAACUGGGGCCAUGCCGACGCCGCCGCCAAACCAAGGACCUACUGUGGCUGAGCCCACACCAUCUCCAAGCCAAGGGCCCGCUGCGGCCAAGCCGACGCCACCGCCAGAAGGCACCAAGCCCCUCAAGCCGGAAACUUUUAAGGGGAAGGCCACGGCUUCCGGCACUCCUAAGUCUGGCUCGCAGCAGUUGGUGCUGCACGCCGGCCGCGCCGCUGUUGUGGCCGAAGAAGCGGCCUCUGCUAUCCCGGAAGCCUCCAUUGAGGCCCUCAAGGCCCAGCUCAGCACCCUUCAAGGUGAAAAGGAGCAGCUUAUCCGGGAGAUCGUAAUGCUCUGGAUGCCCAGGAGCUCAUUUCCAGGGGGCUGA